UUGAGACGUUUCUCCGGGAUUGCUCACUCCGUGCAUGGUUGGUGGCCAAGUUACCCAACAAACGCCAUCGCAUCGCCAUCAUCUUGGUUCGUUGGAGGUCGUCGUUGCAAAGCGUUGAUCCAAGUAAAAUCUCUCUUAAAAGCUUUCCAGUCCAGUCGUGGAGUCGCAUCGGACGGAACAAUAAAAGCCGUGCCAGGCUGCACUCCGUCGCCUGAAGUGAGAUGCUGCUCUCCAUAAACCGAGUCACCCUGAUUCGUCACUAGCUUGGAUUAUUUCAUUUCACUCGAUAUGUGCUCAUCAUUGUCGUAAGGAAGGGGACACAACAGAGAACAAGCUUGUCAAUAAGUACAUAAAGAUAUUGCUCUAUGGGGCAUUGUGCGACAGGGACGCCUUUUGAGUAGACCUAUCUAACUUAUCACGAAAUCCGGCAGAAGUGCCGAUUGUGAAGGACAGCAUAAAGUAAAACUGUGUUACAACGAGUGAAAACUUGCAAUUUUAAUGCGUGAACUGGGGAAGAAACGUUUGGGUGGGAGGCAAAAGUUGCGGCGAGAAAUGGCUCCGAGUGGACGAGGCAGUGAUGGAGGCAGCACUCUCCAGAAACCCCCCCCAACGGAGCUGGUCAAGUUGACGCCUGAGAAUGAAGACUUGUUCGUGACGGUGAAGGAGUGUCAGAAGUGUCCCGAGGACUCGGCCUGUCACAACAGCUACAUCCACUCCACGAAGAAGGAGAACUUUUGCGUCUGCUACCACUUCAAACCACUCUACCCCCUGCGGAAGGGAGAAUAUUGCCCCAGAAACACAGUGCAAUCGUCGUCCCACAAGGAUGCCUGGCAAGCACAUCAUAACAAUUUUACAGAGUCUAUCCAUGUACAGGUUCCCGGAGCUGCUGUGAACGCCACUGCUUCAGACGUGACGACAACCUCAGUGUUUCCACACGCUUUGGUCUCCUCCCUCCUGGUGACCUCCAUCCUCGCCCUCCUGCUCCUCCUCGUCUGCCUCCUCAAGCGCAGAACGCUCCAGAGGCUGGUGAACAAAGGCUCGAAAAAUAAGAUGGAGAUGAUGGACAUGGGACGGAGUGGUUUGCUACUCCCCACGGACCGCUUCGUGAGCAACCCGACGUAUCAGUCCCCCUGUGUGGACUUGUCAGUUCGCGUCUUUUCCCCCCAAGAAGUCAACCUCUCCGUCCAGAUUGGGCAGGGCUGCUUUGGAAAGGUAUUCAGAGGUGUGCUUGGGGGGGAGGCAGUGGCGAUCAAGGUGGUGAAGCGGGAGUACUCGGACGAGGCGGUGAAGGAAGUUGAGACGAUGGCAACCUUCUCCCAUCCAAACAUCCUUCAUCUCAUCGGAAUCGUCCAGAGCUCAGAUUUCGAUGCCCCCUGGCUCAUCUUUGAGUUUAUGAAGUAUGGCGACCUCGCUGGAGUGUUGCGGAAUGGGGAUAAGCGAGGACAACCCGUCUCACCUCAUGGUCAGACUGGCCCAACUUCGGCCGAGGGACCUGAAUCACUCGGAGGGGAGGACGAGGCAGAAAAACUGCAUUUGACCAGCGAGCGGCUGGAGGAGUUUGCGUCUCAGAUUGCGGAGGGGAUGAAGUAUUUGUCCUCUCAGCACUUUGUUCAUCGUGAUCUUGCAGCACGGAAUUGUCUCGUCUCUGGAGCUGGCAUGGUAAAAAUAUCCGAUUUUGGACUCUCGCGAGAUGUGUACACCUGCGAUUACUACAAGAUUGGUGGUUCGAGAUUAUUGCCGCUGCGCUGGAUGGCACCGGAAAGCAUUCUGUAUGGGCGCUUCACAUUGGAGUCCGACGUGUGGGCGUUUGGCGUCCUCCUCUGGGAAAUUUUCUCGUGGGGAAAGCAACCAUAUUUUGGACACUCGAACGAAGAAGUGGUGCAAUUAAUUUUGGACGGAGUGCUGCUCUGUCAACCUAGCGAUUGUCCUCCCAUAAUUUGUCGCAUCAUGGAAGGUUGUUGGAAAACAGAACCCAAGGACAGGCUAAAAUUUAGCCAGAUUGCGCAAAGACUUUCCAUCAAAGAUCAUCCCAACAAGCAGCAAUGCGAUGAGGGGGAGAGGAGGAAGACUGGUUCGUUGGAGGAGAGUUUUCCCCAACUUUCUCCAUUCAACAAGUCAUCGUUAUCACCUCAUCAUCCGCCCGAAGGAAUGGUCGUCAACUCCGGCUACGAGAUUCCAAGAAAUAUUUUAGAGAAGGACUACCUCAAGGUGGUCUAAAAACCAUCAUGAUUAUUACACAAGUCACCGAGUCCUGAGCUGUAAGAUACAGAUAUCUUAGUCACUUAAUGUCUAUUUGUAUAUGCAUGCAGACGUAGAGUAGAGUACAUAGAGUACCGAUUAUGAUAUUUGAAACGGGUGUUAUCUAAACUAUAUAUCGUAUCGUUUCCCUUCCUUAAACUCACUUAUGAUGCUCUCUAAUGCGGACGUUGGGCUAUAACCUAUACAUCCAUGGCUAUAACGAUGUGUUGAAAGUAACAAAAAUACCUUUAUGUAUUUCACGGGACAUAUUAUUGACACAAAAAUGGGACGGCUAGAAAAAGAAGGGUACAAUCAAAUACAAUUAAAUUAGUCAGUUAUAUGGCAUGCACCAUUAUUAAUAGUGGUUUUAUUUUCAAGGGCAUUGUAAAUAAUAUGUAUUUCUGUACUGUAUACCGAUUAAGCAUGUACAUGCGUAGUCAAUUUAGUGUAAAAUAGGAAAUAAACUUUAUUAAUUAUCAUGGUCA